AUGAAGAUACCGAAUACAUAUAUGAACGCUUACAUUUGGACUAUCGCGGGUUUUAUUUUUGCAUUCUCUUACUGUGCACCAGUACUAGGCCCAGUUGACGGCAGUACCGGAGCUACGCUGGUUCCGAAAUCACGGGAAGGGCCCUUAGAUCCCUCGGACAGCCUUGAUAAAUUUGAUAAUAUCCUACACGAUGGAAUACGAACACGAGGUUUGGAGGUUGACGUGGGCAAAAUUAAAAAGCCUCUUGCCCCUGUCAUAGAUCAUAUCGAAACGAUACCUCCUUCUAAACCUAAAUCAUCUUCUCCCGCCAAACCGAAAACAUCUCCCCCCCCUCAAUCGACAACAUCGUCGUUAUUCAAGUCGACAAUAUCUUCUUCUUCUUCUCCUUCUUCUUCAACGUCAAUAGUCUCACCCCAUUCGAAACCAACACAAAAUCCUCUAGCGCCUACACACAAAAAAGAAGGGAAAGGGCACAAGUCGAGGAAAGGCAAGUCGAGGAAUCACGGUCCUAAGCCAAAUGGGCCAACCCCAGAUAUUGAUUACGACCCGCUCGACGACGACUGGGGUGACCUGGAUGGUGACCUAGACUUCGACGAAGAUGACUACGUCAAAAUAUCAUUCUGGAUAAAGGACAGUUUCGAAAUACGAUGUGCCGAUCCCAAACAUGUGUUCAAGAGCCCAAUCGCUGCAGAGCGUACAAGAGACUUGCUACCUAAGGGUUUCAGCUGGAGGAAUUUUGAUGAAAAUCCGUGGAUGGCCGAAGAAUUUAUCAAAGAGAUGCAAGAGUCUUGUAUAGAGGAUUGUAGUUGUGAUGAUUGGGCAUCCCUACAUGCUCCCGCGGCUAGGAAAAAUGAUAGUUUAUCAUACUGCAGAACGUGGGAAGACGCUAGGAAAUGCGAAUGGGUUUUUGGCUGUCAAUGUUGGGCAGAACUCGGCGACCCAGAAAUCCCACAAAGGUUCGAAAAUAUGUCAGUACAAAGCUGGGCUAGCGAAUUAUCAUCUCUCCCACUGCAUCUUAGAAAAGCACACCCCGAGUGGAGAUGGAAUAAUGGUCCGAAAAACUUGAACAAUCAAUCAUUAAGUACUGGUUUUGGCCCAAGAACGGAGUACUGGGAGACGAGGAAUUACUGGUACUAUCCCAGGCCAUGGGAUGUAUACCGCGAAAGGAUCGUGGCAGAAAUACAGCCAGGUUACUACUUAUAUGGACCUGACGUUCCAUGGAUACAUGGCAAUCCUAUGAAGGAAUUACGAAAAUGGAAGCCAAGCUUAAGGGGAGAAUGGGAACUAUUCAUGCGGUAUCUUUACGCCGUGAACCCAGACCGAAAUUACCAGCCUGCACGAAUCGUGCCACCUGCUGAUCCCUUCCCUCCGUUGGAAGAACUCUGGCGUCCUGCCCGAGACCCGUUUGAGGAUCUUGUACCAGCGGUAGAUAUAAAUCUUGUUAUGGCCGACGAAAAUAACGCUCAAGCUCCACGAGCCAAAUCCCGUAAACGAGAGGAUUCGCCGCCAGAGCCUAUUACCCCGAAUGAAUCCGACACGACAUGUAUACCUCGGUAUCUAGCGCUUUCAAAUACGGACGGGAUUGAAAGACUUUGUCCGCAAUCUGAAGCCCUAGAAAACACCAAGGGGAAAGACGAGGAAAAUUCCAAGGGGGCUAAACCUUAA